AUGGACGGCGGCGGCGGCGGCGAGGGGGGCGCCCCGGAGAAGACCCUGCCCGCGGCGCGCGCCAGGGCCCGGGCCAAGCGCCGCCCGCGACGCCCCUCCUCCGCCCGCGACGGGACCCCCGACGACCCCCCCCGCCCGGACGGCGCCCCGCCCGCCCCCCGCCCCGGCAGCCCCGCCCCGGCCAAGGGCCACGACCGCCGCUCCCGCAUGGGCAAGGGCCGCGGGCUGCCCAAGAAAGGUGGCGCCGGCGGCAAGGGCGUGUGGGGAGCGCCCGGCGUGGUCUACCCCUACCAGGAGCCCGACGCCCGGGACCCCAACUACGACGAGGCGGCCCAGGGCGACACGGUCUACGCCACGGUGGUGCCCGAGCUGGAGGGGGAGGAGCUGCGCAAGAACGUGCACCCCAUGGUGCUGGAGUACUUUGAGCACGGAGACCCCCUGGAGGUGGUGGAGCUGCUUCGGGGCCUGAACUUGGGGGGCCACAAAGCAGCAGUGCCCUCACUGGCCGUGGCGCUGUCUCUGGAGGGCAAGGCCAGCCACCGGGAGCUGACGUCACGCUUACUGUCUGACCUGGUGGGGAAGGUGCUGAGCCCUGAGGACGUGGCCGCUGCCUUUGACGGGAUGCUGGGCGAUCUCCCUGACCUGAUUCUCGACACGCCGGAGGCCCCGCAGAUGCUGGGCCAGUUCAUCGCCCGGGCUGUGGCCGACCACGCCUUGCCGCUCGACUUUCUUGAACGCUACAAGGGGCGUGUCGACUGUGAGCAUGCUCGGGCUGCUCUGGAUCGCGCUGCCGUCCUCUUGCGGAUCAAGCGAGACGUCAACCGCUUGGACAACGUGUGGGGCGUGGGGGGCGGCCAAAGACCUGUCAAGCACCUUAUCAAGGAGAUGAACCUUCUGCUCCGGGAAUACCUCCUUUCGGGCGAAGUAUCUGAGGCCGAGCACUGCCUGCGCCAGCUGGAGGUCCCCCACUUCCACCACGAGCUCGUCUAUGAGGCGGUGGUGAUGGUGCUGGAGUCCUCGGGCGAAACGGCGGUGGCCAUGAUGAUGAAGCUCUUGAAGGUGCUCUGGGAGACGGGGCUGGUGACCCUGGACCAGAUGAACAGGGGCUUCCAGCGGGUGUAUGACGAGCUUGGGGACAUCAGCCUGGACGUCCCUCUGGCCCACAGCAUCCUGGAGCGACUGGUGGACCUGUGCUUCGAGGAGGGGGUCAUCACCAAGCAGCUGAGAGACGCCUGCCCUGCCCGGGGACGGAAGCGCUUUGUCAGCGAAGGAGACGGUGGACAAAUCAAGCAGUGAUUGGUUGCUGGCAGCCCUGGCCUCUGCCCGCCCCCAGCGCCACCCCCUGCUCAGC